UCCCGCCGGCCACGCCCUGCGAGGGCGGCUGCGACCAGGGCCUGGUGCCCAUCCCGCUGCUGGCCAACCUGACCGUGCUGGCGCAGCCGCCCUGGCUGCCGGGGCUGGAGGCCCGCUACGUGGCCUUCGCCCGCGACCUCAUGGCCGACGCCCAGCGCCAGGGCCGGCCGUUCUUCCUCUACUACGCCUCCCAUCACACCCACUACCCGCAGUUCAGCGGGCAGACCUUCGUGGGGCGCUCCGGCCGGGGGCCCUUUGGCGACUCCCUGAUGGAGCUGGACGCGGCUGUGGGGGCCCUGAUGACGGCUGUGGGGGACCUGGGGCUGCUCGGGGAGACGCUGGUCAUCUUCACGGCAGACAACGGGUAGGCGGGAGCCCGGC